ACACCGCGAUAGGAAAAGACUUCGUACUCCCCGGCCCCCCAAACCCCCGCGCCUCGCCGGAGCAGCCCCGCCGCCGCGGCCGCCGCUCCUCCCUCCUCCCGGCCGGUCAAUGCCCUCGAUUCCAUCGCCCCGCGCCGCGUAUUCCUGAUUCUCCGUCUCCCCCAGGCCCCGGGCUCUUCUGACGAGGAGGUCGACGAGGAGGAGGAGGAGGAAGUGGCGGGGGUGGUUGCCGGCGGCGGAGAGAUGGGGCACGCGCCGGGGGUAGCUCGCGUGCGGCGGGCGCUGCUCGCCCCGUGCGUGACGUGCCCGCUCUGCGACGGGUACUUCCGCGAGGCCAGCGCCUUCACCGAGUGCGGCCACACCUUUUGCCGGGAAUGUAUUAUGAAGAAAAUAGAUGAGGAGGAGAUCGAAGCCUGCCCAGUGUGCGAUGUUGCUCUUGGGAUCACUCCUGAAGAGAAACUCCGGGCUGAUAUAAGUAUUCAGGCUAUCAGAAAUUAUUUGUUUCCACCUAAGGCAGAAGUAGAUGCUUUUGAGGCUCCAAGUAUUACAUUGCCAGCGAAGAGAAAAGAGAGGUCCAUUUCUUCCUUGGUUCAAACCCCAAAGAUGGCAACACAAACUACUCUGACAGGACGGAGAACCAAAGCUGCAAGAAGGACUAUCACAUCCCAGACGUUUUCUCUCAGUAAAUUGCCAAAUAAAUCUGAAGACCGCGAUCAGAUGGCUGAGAAGGCCUCGGCACUAAAAUCUACCAAGAUGACAACAUCUGCAAAUAAAAAACAGAACACUGUAGAUAUUUCUGAAGAUGGAAAGAAUCGCGGGACGAUUGACAAGGAAGAGCUUGAGAAGCCCUUACGGAGUUUAGUCGUGGCAAGCGCGAAGAAAUCGCAGAAUCCAAGUUCUUGUCCCAAGGAAAGUCACAAAAAUAAAACAACCACAGAGCAUACUCCGAGGGAAAGCCCAGAAGCAGACUCGCAUGAUGGAAUAACUACCCGAGUCUGGUUUUCAUUAGUCACUUCACCGAACCAGGUAGAAGCAAAACUGUUGCCUCAGCUAGAAAAGAAUUUCUACAGAAUCAAAGAUGGAACUAUGCGGGUAUCCUCCAUCCUGAGGCUGAUUAUGAAAAAACUUGAGCUAGCAAGUGACGAUAAGGUGGAGAUCUUAUGCCAUGACGAGUCGGUGUGCCCCUCGACGACGCUGCACGGCCUACUCGAGCGGUGGCUGAGCUGCAAGCCGAAGGACGAGGUCCUGAGGCCGGUGGGUGCUCCGGCGAAUGAGUUUGUGAUGGAGCUGCGCUACCGCCGGUGCCCGGGGUCCAGGCCCCUUUGCUGCACGAUGAAGAUAGCGUCCCUCCCCUGCCAUUGCAGCACCUAGCUCCUCCGUCUCCGUCAUCCGCUCAUGCUCGUCGUUCAAUGGUCAUCAGUCUGCCUACCUAGGAUAUAUUAUACAUAUAGUAUUCUCACUCUAUACCUGCAUAUCUUUCUCAAUUUUGUUGGACCGUGUAAAGAGAGAAGGGGCGAAAGAAAGAGUAGCAUAGCCGUAGAUUUGCUAGACAAAGAAUCCGAAAAGUUUAUGCAGGCUACAGUUUUGGUUUACAGUUAUGACAAGACCUCGCAGACAAAAUUCCUCA